UCGAUAUAUUUGAUUUUGGUGCAGACGAAAGCUGAUUACGACAAGGAAUGCAAGAUCUGCACUCGGCCCUUCACCGUGUUCAAGUGGAGGCCCGUUCGCGACGCUAGAUACAAGAAGUCGGAGAUUUGCCAAACCUGCAGUAAGCUGAAGAAUGUCUGUCAAGUUUGCCUUUUGGAUCUCGAAUACGGGCUGCCCGUUCAGGUUCGAGAUACUGCUCUGAGUAUCGCUUCCAACGAUGCCAUUCCAAAGAGCGACGUCAAUCGGGAAUACUUUGCGGAGGAGCAUGAUCGCAGGGCAAGAGCUGGAAUAGAUUACGAAUCUUCGUACGGAAAAGUGCGCGCAAACGAUACUAUCUUGAAGCUACAGAGAACCGCACCGUACUACAAGAGAAACCGAGCACACGUCUGCAGUUUCUUUGUUCGCGGACAGUGUACGAAAGGCCCGGAGUGCCCUUACAGGCACGAAAUGCCUGUUGAAGGUGAAUUGUCGCAUCAAAAUAUCAAAGACCGCUACUACGGAGUGAACGAUCCAUUGGCAAUGAAGCUACUGAACAAGGCUGGAGAAAUGCCGUCUCUUUUGCCACCAGACGACCAGAGCAUAAGAACCCUCUACGUAGGCGGGCUCGACGCAAGAAUAACCGAGCAAGACCUGAGAGACAACUUUUACGCCCACGGAGAAAUCGAGUCCGUAAAACUGGUUAUCCAACGAGCAUGUGCUUUCGUAACUUACACGACAAGAGAAGGUGCAGAGAAGGCAGCCGAAGAACUAGUCAACAGACUCGUAAUCAAAGGCCUGAGGCUGAAGCUGCUCUGGGGCAGACCACAGGUCCCGAAGCUAGCAUCCGAAGGCUCGGACGAAGCUCCGAAGCAGCAAGCUAUGCAGAAUCCACCGCCUCCGGUGCCGUACUUCGAUAUUCCAUUGCCAACGGCGUAUUAUCCUUCCAUGGAUCCACAAAGAAUGGGGGCUGGUGCUGGAUCUUUUAUUUUUUGAAUAUUCACUUUUAAGCUAAAUUUUUGUACCAUAUCAAGUAGUAAGAUCAAAUUUAUAUGGAUUUUUUUUUUCAUCUUUUCCAAUGAAAU